CAUAAAAGAGCAUCGAAGAGCUUGUCAUGUUAUUCACCACCUGACUGACCAAACAUGCAGCUGAACAUCUUCACCGUUCUCAUUUUCGCUCUUUUUGCUGAAGGACACUCGCUCAAAUGUUAUCAGUGCACAGGUCUGCUGGGUCCUUGUGAGAAGAAAGAGACGACGUGUCCCUCUGGAGAUGCUGUAUGUGCAAGUCAAAUGACGGUACAAUUCAACGGAGCCGCUUCAACAAACAUACCGAUAAAAAGCUGUCUAGAGCCAAAGAUGUGUUUUGAUGGAUCUGUCAACUACGGCAUUAUAAGAACAACAACAACUACACAGUGCUGUAACACAGACCUCUGUAAUAGCAGAGAUGUUUCAGAUUCCAGCUCUAACAACCUGAAUGGAAAACAAUGUUAUUACUGUGAAAAGGACAGUUGCUUUAAUAAAUUAAGCUGCUUAGGAUCUGAAGACCACUGCAUUAAAACAAAAGUAAAUUCUGAAUCAUUGUCAGUGACUAUUAAGGGAUGUGCAUCUAAAUCCAUGUGUGAUGCCGCAUCACAAAUGUCUCAAGUUUAUGCAGACGUCUCAUGCUGUGAGGGGAAUCUGUGUAACAGCGCUAAGAGCAUCACUCAGAACCUCCUCAUUCUCCUCUCUGGGCCGUUCCUCUCCUACAUCACUUUUCACUGAAUUCAGCAGAACAUCACACUCGCCGAAUGCGACACAUUUAUACUUUGUGGUAGGACUUAUAAAAAAAUUUGAAACAAUUUCCGUUGUUUGGAUUUAGUAAACUACACUGAUCUGCACAAAUAAAAGCAAAUAAUAAAAUGACAUCAAAUGAAAUACAUGAUCGAUGAGAUAACAAAAUAUUUUCCUUUUCGUGUUGACAUAACAACUUGUGUACAAGAAGAUAGAAUACUAUUCAAAUUCAACGGCAGGAGUUAGAAAGAGUCUAGGCGAGUUUGAGAAUUGAAAUGAACAGGUAGCGUGACAUGCCCUUAUCCACAAAAACCACAAUGAGAUCAAAUGAAGAAAACAUGAACCAGAUUAGAGUAAACAAAGGUUCACAAUAAUUAACAUGAUCAGUGUGUUUAUGUGUUAUAUGUCUGCUUAUUAGUCAAAUUUUUAGGAAACAUCUAGUGAUAGAGAGUGAAAAAGCCUAAAAUCAUCCAGAUAAACAGAUGUCAGCAGGGCAUUAUUGUCAAAACCAUGUUCUCGGUGUUUAAUGUUUAAUGUUUUUUUAGGUUUCAUUUUCUAUGAAAGUGCCACCCUAGACUUGUCUUCUUCACCAAUUCAUGCAAAUCUUUGAGGUGUGUUAGGCAAAGAUGAUAAAACAAAUUCAACAAUUUUGACCAAAGUGAUGUGUAGUAUAAACAAACACCAGCAAGAACAUUACUUUAGUUCACUAAAACUAUUUGAAGGUUUGUUAAUUGAAAUUAAAUAAAUGGGAAAAAACUUAAGCUAAAUGAAAAUGUCAGCAGGGGUUUAUUGUCAAAACCAUUUCCAUUUCAGUUUUUAGGUUUUGCUUCCUCUGAAAAGUGCCCUACCUUGUUAGUUUCUUUACAGACACAGCAAUUCAUACUAACCUUGUGGUGUGUUAGGCAAUGGUGCUCACUCUCAAGACCACUCACAAGACUACUCUCUUUAAUUAUACAUAUGUUUUCAGUGGUGUGUGUCACUAAAUCCGUAAACAACCAAACAGACACAUAGGUAGACAUUUCUGUGCAAUGUAGAAGUAUACAGUUAAUGAAAUAAAGAAUGCACCGCACGCGCCAGUGCUCCUGGCAGCGAUGUAUCUGACUGCGGAGGAGGUUACAUUCCCCCGUUAAAAUAUAUAGUGAGAGAGGCACGUUUUGCACUUUAAUGUGUUAAAAAAUUGCACUUUGUUUGAACUGUUCGUAAAAAUGUUAACAUAAAAGACGGUGAAGUUAUGGUUUAUAUGUUGUAUUGAUAGUCCCAUUUUCAUUUGUCUUCCCCAUUGUGGGUGUUUCAGUUUUUUUUGUAAUAAAGUCUUCUGUUUCCUG